AUGGAGAGCUUAUAUUUUUCCACACUGGAAGGAAGAUGGGACGAGGUUGUGGAGGAAUACAAAAGCAGCGCAAGGAUACACAAGAGAGCAAUCAACACCGCGAACGACACCGCGUUGCACUUGGCGGUGAACGACGACAGAGUGGGCAUCGUGAAGGAGCUGGUAGAUGAAAUCAAGAGAAAGAGGACGUUGUCGGCCUUGGAAGCAGUGAACGAGCGAGGAGAUACGCCACUGCACUGCGCGGCGUCGAGAGGGUCCCGCGAGAUGUGCGAGUGCAUCGCCGAAGCUCUAGGAGGUGAAUGCAAUUUGAUUGUAGCUCGGAACAAGAAUCAAGAGACGCCUCUCUACUUGGCCGCUCUUCAAGGCCACAAGGAUGCUUUCAUGUGCCUGCACUCUCGUUGCCCCGACAAGUCUGUGGGGCCCUGCAGACGAGGAAGCGACGGGGACACCGUCCUUCACAGCACCAUUCGCCGAGACCACUUCGAGCUGGCAUCUGAAAUCAUUAGUCUGUACGGAGACCAGAUCGUGGGCAGUGUGGAUGAGAAGGGAAUUACCCCGCUCCAUAUCCUGGCCAAUAAGCCUUCCGCAUUCGAAAGCAGCAGCAAUUUUAGGUGGUAUAACAAGCUCCUUUACGCCUGUAUUAUCGUGGAGCCACUCACGACCUCGGAACGGCGCGCAAAGAGCAGUGACACCUGCCUGAACUGGUCAAACCCUCCAUCUCCAAUUACUCUGACGGGUUGUUCGGCAGAAAAAGAAGGGGAUGCAGAAAACCCAAGUUACGGCGAAAUAUAUGAAAAUGUGCCGAGAAAUUAUUGGAUAUGUUGUGGCAUUUUGGCGCGUGCACUCACCUGUCUUGUUUGGCUUGCCUAUGGGGCCUUUGGAUUAGAGGAUAUAAGGAGGAAGAAAGAGAAGCACGUUUGGUGUGGUCAAAUACUGGAAGCACUUUGGAAGCAUAAAAGUACAGCCUACGUUGGAGGUGGAAGUGCACCCCAAUGCCCUCCUGAACGUGACGGUGACGAAGACGACGAAAUUCCCAAUCCUUUUAGCAUCCGUCGUCACAGCGCAGGUGAUACUCGCAAGAACGGGGAACAACAUGUUGAUGGCAAUCAGAACCAGCAUGAAGCUGCUAAAAUGAAUCAACAGCAGAUUCACAAUGUUCCUUUCGAUCAAAACAAACAAAAAGAAUUGGCUGAACUCUUCACACGUUUGUGCUUGUACAACGGCAAAGCUAGUGAAUCUGCAAGCAGGGCUUUUAGCGGAUGCUGCGUAUGCCUAUGGGGCGAUCAUGAGGAGAAGAAAAAUGGUGGUGUACGAAAGGAAUCAGCAUUGUUCGUUGCAGCCAAGAAUGGAGUGCUGGAAAUAGUGAAGAAAAUUCUGGCUGAUAAACCAGGCGCCAUCCACGAAACCAAUUCCCAAGGCCAAAAUGUAUUGCAUGUGGCUGUUGAGCACAGGCAACCCCAUAUGUUUGGACUCCUCAGGCACCAGAGGCUUUGGGACAACCUCGUUCGAGGCGUAGACAAUGAAGGCAACACUGUCCUUCACGUCGCCGCCAAGCUCUCCCAGUACAAGCCCUGGCACAUCCCUGGUUCUGCCUUGCAGAUGCAGUGGGAAAUCAAAUGGUUUCUGUAUAUCAAGGAUGUAACGCCGCGCCAUGUGUUGUUCCUCCCCAACAACCACGAGGAGACGCCGGUGGAGAUUUUCAGAAAAGAUCACGAGGGUCUGGUGAAAGACGGCGCGGAAUGGCUCAACCACACGUCGGAGUCGUGCUCUGUCGUGGCGGCGCUUAUUGCCGGUGUGGCCUUUGCCACGUCCACCACCAUCCCCGGAGGCACUCAGGAGGAGACCGGCAAGCCUUACUUGGAGCGCCACCCGGCUUUCAACAUGUUUGCACUCACCUCCCUCUUGGCUCUCUGCUGCUCCAUCACCUCUCUCAUCAUGUUCCUCUCCAUCCUCACUUCCCGCCAGCAGCCUCGAGAUUUCCGCAAAGACUUGCCUCUCAAACUUCUCAUGGGCCUGAGUUCCCUCUUCGUGUCCAUCACUUCCAUAUUGGUUUCUUUCUCCGCCGCUUUCUUCUUCGUGCUCAAGGACAACCUCAAGCAGGUCGUUUUCCCGCUCUACGCCGCCACUAUCUUGCCUAUUACUUUCUACGCCGUCGCUCAAUUCCCCCUCUACGCCGAUCUUGUCAGGGCUAUUUUCAGCAAGGUUCCGCAGGCCAGUAAUAGAGAAUCUGAAAAGCUUAUCCUCUGAAGCUGUUCAUUACUUGUUCAUCUUCUCCGUGUUAUAUAUCCAAUAGCACUCUGUUUCGUUAUCAACAGCUCUUGUCUUUUGAAAUAAUGAUCUCAUUGUUGUCUUGUUCCCAAAUUUUGCUACCGUGUAAAUGUCUCGUAAAUAAGGUCUAAUGAAUAACUGCAAAGCUCAGUUUUUGAAGAAUUAUCCAAAUGGCUACCUUUUUUGUA